GUCCACCAGCAAUGGGGUGUUUGUCGUCAUCCCGCCCAGCAACGCCAGCAGCCUCCGCCCCCCUCCAGCCAUUCUGCCCACCUCCAUGUGCCAACCUUCCGGGAUUAUGCAGUUCGAGGAGCCACCGCUGGGGACACAGACACCAAGGGCCACCCAGCCACCUGACCUUCGGCCCAUGGAGACAUUCCUGACGGGAGAGCCCAAAGCCUUAGGGACCGUGCAGAUCCUCAUCGGCCUCAUCCACCUGGGCUUCGGCAGCGUGCUGCUCAUGGUCCGCCACGGCCACGUGGGGAUGCUGUUCAUCGAAGGCGGUGUCCCCUUCUGGGGAGGAGCCUGCUUCAUCAUCUCUGGGUCCCUCUCAGUGGCAGUGGAGAAGAACCACUCCAGGUGCCUGGUGAGGAGCAGCCUGGGGACAAACAGCCUCAGCGCCAUGGCGGCCUUUGCUGCGACGGCCGUUCUGCUCAUGGAUUUUGGUGUCACUAACUGGGAUGUGGGCAGGGGCUACCUGGCCGUGCUUACCAUCUUCACCAUCCUGGAGUUCUUCAUUGCGGUCAUUGCCACCCACUUCGGGUGCCAAGCCACCCGCGCCCAAGCCAACGCGCCUGUGAUUUUCCUGCCAAAUGCCUUCAGCACAGAUUUCAACAUCCCCAGCCCCGCAGCCUCUCCACCCCCUGCCUACGACAACGUGGCCUAUAUGCCCAAGGAAUCAUCCGAGUAGAUGGUCACGCUGGCCGGUUGGUGUCCAGCCCUUCCCCUGUGGGCCCAGCCUCUGCCCCCAGUCUCAUGAUUAGGGGGCAGCCCCGGAAUCCUCACAUAUCAUGGCACCCGAGUGAUGUGUUU